AAAGCCACUGUUCUACAGACUGUGCAUCCACAGUACGAUCCGAGUGGUUCCAUAAUCCAUAAUGCAGCUUUCAGUUCUUGUUCUUGUAUGUUGCUUUUGCCUCUUCUUGGAGGCACGUGGCCAAUGCAUUGAUACCUAUGAGCCGGGUUGUAGAUCGCCAGCGGAGAUUGGCCGACCUCAAAGGCAUUGUAUCGAUCCCACAAAAUACUGGAUGUGCCCUCAAUUGAACGGAAAAGCGGUGCUUAAGAAGUGUGCUCCCAACACUGGAUUUGAUCAGGACAAAGAUGCGUGUAUACCAUGGAUUGCUUGGGUAUGGAAGCCUUGCAUUGAGCCACCAAGUCGUCCAAAAGACUGGGAACAUUGUUAACAAAAUUAAUUGUAUUUGAUUAAUAAUAUGAAAAAAGGUAAAUAAAUGUUACACGCUUUUGACAUUAUAA